UCUUCGGGUUGUGACAUACCAAAGCUCAGCCACAGCGAGUCAAUGCAGUAUAUGCGCCGGGGCUCCGAACAGGCAAAGUGCGCAUGCAACAAUAUGCGACCAGUGUCUGAACUACUGCCCCGUGAUCUCGACAACCAUGCUCCAAGCCAUAUCCUGCCAGUAAACAUGCCAGGACCCUUGCUAUCACGCAAGGUCCGUGAACGGCACAGCCUGCUAGCAGAGCAGGGCCCUGCCUAGGCUACAAUAUAGGGUCUUCUGGGAAUUACGUGCGGCUGGUCGCUUCGUGGAUAUAAUAAGCACCGAUAUGCCGUUGUCGCGGUGAUACUACUAGUAAGUUACUAAUUUACGCCUCGCGCGAUACUGCUUAAUCGACAAAUGGCCUUCUCCACUCCGUUGCGCUCCGAUCCGCACUCCAAUAUGGUUGGACGGUUCCCUGACCUUUCCCCAGAUCUGAUCGGAAAGUCCUCGGACGAUGAAAGCGACUCCGUUGCUCAUCCUGUGGACGAGAGUCCCACGCGAGCUGUAGUGGCUCGACGGCAAGCGAGAGAGCGGCCGCGACAGAGCCAAUCACCACCCGCGUCUAUCCCACCCAGAAACCAGACAGUACAAGCCUACCUUCGUGAAGGGACUAAAGAGAAUUUGAACCGAAACCCACAGCGAUCGCUCUUGGAGCAUUGCUCCCGAGGAACGAAGGCACUCAAUGGUUCAAACUCCAUGUCAGGUUCUAGUCAGACCUCCCCGGAACGACCGGCAUGGAUUCCGUCAAACGCACCCUAUAUAGAAAUCUUGGAUGACGAGCCGGAUGAUGGGGUAUCUUUAGUGGCGACACAUGUGGAUGUUCCAACGACGACCGGUCAAGCCCAAACCAAUGGGCUAGUCCCCGAUUUGACGUCUGCAAAUAUUGCGCAAACUGACUCAGCUGAUUCAUCAGACCUUGAAAUGCAUGGAUCAGCGUCCCCAUUCUCUUUGGUAAGUCAGCAAGAGACGCCAAGGACGGACGUUUCCGAUCAUGGAUUGGAGCACCGGCAAAUUGGGCCGGAACGUAUCUCAGAUUCGUAUAGCACUGAGGAUAUUAUACUCGCUAUCCGCGAUGUAAUCUGCGGGUGGAGCGGGGCCCAAGAGAGAGAAUCCAAGAAAGGAUAUGCAUACAUUUUCCAUGAUCCAUCCGCCCAGAGCCCUUACUAUAAAAUUGGACACUCUGGAAAUGUGAAAGUGCGCACCCAACAACAUCAGAAACAAUGUCAGCUACGGAAGUGGAGCGCCAAACAAAGUCCUGCAUUGCGAGACUACAGACUCCUCGAGAAACUAGCACACGCCGAACUCCGAAAUUUGCGGUGCAAACCCAACUGUUUCUGCAGAGUGGAACACAGGGAGUACUUUUUGGGCACGGCGGCGCAUGGACAGGAUAUCCUGGAUUCUUGGUCGCGGUGGCUUAAAAAGGAUCCGUAUAACGACGAUGGGAACCUUGGCCCAUUCUGGGUUAACCGGCUGAAUGUAUUUGUUGACGAGUGUUCGGGCUUUUUUCACUGUACGGCCAUUGAAGAUACCAGACACCAUCUUGAUAGCAAUGCUUGCCAGGCGUGCCUUCGCAAAGGAUGGCAGAAGUUCACCAACCCUACCGCACAAGAUAUAUUCGAGUAUGAUUGUCAAACAAGAGUUCCCUUUGCCUGGGGUCGCUUGCUGUUACAGGCCUGUUAUAGCCGCUUUCCCUACUAUGAAACCAAGCUUGCCUGCAUUAUUGACUGCAUAGAACGAGUGUGUCGGAUGUGGGAUUCUGUGUCGAGCAUUCAAGUAAUUUUGGCUAUGUUGCUUGGAAAGGGCCUCUAUCUCACGGCAUGCUCGUUACGGGAGCGUACAUUCGAUAUUUCUAGAUUACCUGAAUUUUACUUGGCAUGCGCUGCAGCUUACCGGCUGUUUCUCCUACCCAUGGGUAGCAUGAAUUCUGUCGAUCGGACCUUGUCAAAGGAAGCCAAAAGAGCAGCAUCGCCUGCUAAGAAGUCUGCGCGCGUCAUCUCAAAGUCACCUAGAAUGCUCACGCCAUCCUCGAACCAAUCCCAGAGGACCUCCAAGACCACACGGAAGACGCAGCUCCCGGAGCAGCCACCCAAUAUAGAGCUCUUCAAUGCUCAAAGCAAUCCCGACAAAGACCACAGCGACGACACGAUCGAGAUCAUCGGAUGAAGGCGCCCGACUCGCCCCAACUUCGGACGGGAACACUACCCGCCCGAAGAAGAAAAACGCGACCCAAAGGGCGUAACCUCUAUCAAGGCUUCUCGUCCAUGAGGCACAUAUCGAGAUAGAACAGGCCUAUGCUGAGCUGCAACUUUCAUGCAUCACUUGUUUCCCGCAACAUAGUCAGCUUGCACUAGUUGUGACCGAGAUGGCAAGCUCCGUGAUAUGGGGAGUGCUGUCACGUUGGCAUAAGGCAGCUCUGAAUGGCACAAUGAGACCGUUAGGGAUUGGUAUUUGCGGCAACAUCGGGGCACGAAGAGUCGGCCGACAGCUUUCAAAUCACCCACAGAGUCUCUUUUCCGGGUUUGGGCUUAGCAAAACUAUGCAUAGGACCACCCAAUGCGGCGCAGAUUACACUCAAGGUUCGUCCUCCGUCUUUCCGACAAAGAUCAAACGGGGAUAGCCCACCGAGAUAAAUGAGCCCUGUGAUGAUGGACUGUGGCAUGCAUUUACUAGCAUGCCCACACAAUGACAACACGGUGCAUUUUUAAUGUAUGUACAUUAUCUGACAGAGAGACUGUGUCUAGACACUAUUGUAUUCCUGGCUCCUGU